AUGGCGAAGUCCAUUGAGGACCGUGACGAGCUGCUCGCCGACGUCCGCUACCGGCUGGAGCAAGCUCCAGCUGUGUACAAGGCAUACUAUGACAAGCACCAUAGGGAGGUUCGCUUUGCCGUGGAUGACUGGGUCUGGCUCCGUCUUCAUCAGCACACCGCGGCGUCCCUACAUGCUCCUACGACGGGCAAGCUCAAGGCCUGUUUCUACGGACUGUACCGCGUCGUCGCCGUCAUCAACGACGUCGCCUACCGCCUCCAGAGGUCUCGAUUUCGAACACAAGGGAUGAGACCUGGAGUAGUGCCUUACCAAAGCAUCAUAUCUGCUUUGCAGCGGAUUGCAGAGGAAGAAGGAAUCCAUGGAUUGUACAGUGGUCUCCUGCCUUCUGUAGUUGGGGUUGCUCAUGUAGCCAUCCAGCUCCCAGUCUAUGAAAAGGUGAAACUAUACUUUGCUAAAAGAGACAAUACUACAGUUGAUAAACUCAGCCCUACACAAGUAGCUAUGUGUUCAUCAGGAUCCAAAGUAGCUGCCUCGAUAAUAACAUACCCACAUGAGGUUGUACGAUGCAAGUUGCAACAACAAGGCCGUGAUCAUGAUGGUUCUAUGCGGUAUAGUGGUGUAGCUGACUGUAUCAAGCAAGUUUACAGAAAGGAAGGUUUUCCUGGCUUUUACCGAGGCUGUGCUACCAACUUGUUGAGAACCACCCCAAAUGCUAUCAUUACUUUUACCAGCUAUGAGAUGACCAGUCGGUUCAUCAACCAGCUUCUGGCCCCGUAA